CUGUGGAGCAGCUUAAACAAGCGGCUGUAGGUCUCAGUUAUUAUCAUUUAUGAAGGGACUGAGGUCAGAGGAGCAGCAGGACCUGCCGCUCUGGACUUCUGGACGCUUUUGGGCGAGCUGCUAUGCUGCUGCAGAGAAAAUCAGCUGCUUUUCAGGCCCUACUUUUACUUUUUAUGCACUUUUCUCGCGGAGCGCUCGGAUUUAACCUGGACACCUCUCAUGUCAUCAGGAAAGACGGAGAGCCGGGCUCUCUGUUCGGGCUUUCUCUCGCCCUGCACCGGCAAAUCGACCCGGAUAAAAUCAUGUUGCUGAUUGGUUCCCCCAGAGCCCGAGCAUUAAACAAACAAGCAUCCAGAAUCACGGGAGGCCUUUAUAAAUGUGAACUCGACCAUUCCAGUGACUGUGAGCGAGUUGAGUUUGAUAAUGAAGAGGACAAAGCCCAUGAGAGUAAAGAGGACCAGUGGAUGGGCGUGACAGUGCAGAGUCAGGGUCCUGGAGGAAAGAUCUUGACGUGUGCUCAUCGCUACCAGAAGCGCAUGUGGGUUAACUCUCCAUUGGAGGUCCACACCAUUCCCGGGCGUUGUUACGUCCUCAGUCAGGACUUGACCAUAAACCCAUUUUCUGCUGAAGACGGAGGUAACUGGAACCUCUGCGAGGGCAGAGUUGGAGACAAAGAUCAUGAAAAGUUUGGGGUCUGCCAGCAGGGCCUUGCAGCCACCUUCACCAGGAAUUACCACUAUUUAAUGUUUGGAGCACCGGGAGCAUACAACUGGCAAGGGACUGUGAAUGUGGACCAAAAGAAUGAAACUUUCCCAGAAAUUGGAAUAUAUGUCGAUGGCCCGUAUGAGGUGGAGGAGAUGAAGAAUGUCAUACCCGCCAACAGCUACCUUGGAUUCUCUCUGGAUUCGGGACACAGAAUCACGAAAAGUCGUGAGCUGACGGUGGUGGCUGGAGCUCCGAGAGCCAAUCACAGUGGGGUGGUAUUUCUGUUCAAGAAUGAAAAAAAAGAGUCCGGCAGACUCUUGACGGAGCACAUAUUCCGCGGGACGGGUCUCGCGUCCUCCUUUGGAUACGACGUGGCUGUGGUUGAUUUAAACAGUGAUGGGUGGGAGGACAUUGUUGUGGGAGCUCCUCACUUCUAUAUGAAGGACAAAGACAUUGGAGGAGCCGUUUAUGUCUACAUUAACAAGGCUGGACUCUGGGAAAGUGUCUCUCCUGUCCGUCUAAAUGGAAACAAAGACUCCAUGUUUGGUCUGGCUGUGAAGAACAUCGGAGACAUCAAUCAAGACUCAUAUAACGAUAUUGCAAUUGGAGCUCCACAGGAUGAUGGUGGGGCUGGAAGAGUCUACAUCCAUCAUGGAUCUCAACAGGGAAUCAGAACCAGCCCUGCACAGGUCCUUUCAGGCAAAGAGCACAACAUUAGGUUGUUUGGGUAUUCUCUGGCGGGGAACAUGGACCUGGAUGGUAACUUUUAUCCAGACCUGGCUGUAGGAUCUUUGUCUGAUUCAGCUUUUAUUUACAGGGCACGGCCGGUUAUUACCAUCACAAGAGAUAUCAGAGUAUCUCCUAACAAAAUUGACCUCAGACUUCCAAAUUGUGAAAACAGCUUUUGCCUCAUUGUGCACACAUGCUUCACCUACGCAGCGAACCCUCUAUCUUACAGCCCACGACUAACCAUCAGUUAUUCUAUUGAAGCAGAUGGAAAUCGCAGGAAACAAGGGUUGACUUCCAGAAUAAAAUUCCUGAAUGAAACCCAGCCGGAAUCUGACAACAUGUUCAACGGCACCAUCGACCUCCGGGGCCGAAAUCAGCUAAACUGCAUCCAAGUAACAGCGAAACUUAAGGAUAACAUUAAGGACAAGUUGAGGAGCAUUCCCAUCGAGGUCUCUGCAGAAAUAAUUGCUGCUGAACAACAGAAAUCAAAAAAUGGCCUUCCUUGGGUGAUGCCCAUUUUAGAUGUCUCUCACCCAAGCAAAGACACAGCGGAGGUUAAUUUUGUUAAGGAGGGAUGCAGGGAUAGUAAAGUUUGCCACAGCAAACUGAAGAUGGAGUACAGCCUGUUUUACAAACAGAGCAGCCAGGAUGUGUUCUUACCGUUAACUAAAAGUAAAAACAACAUCCCAGAGUUUCAUCUGAAUUAUGAGAAGAAAGACUUGGCUCUGCAGGUGAUUGUAACCAACACAAACGGUGAUGACGCAUAUGAAGCGAAGCUUGUUGGGAAGUUCCCUGAAACCCUGUCGUAUUCCGGUGUUCGCUCCAUAACCGGAAACAAGCAGAUCAUCUGUGAGUCCAAUCAGAAUGGUUCUCAGGCAGAGUGUGAGCUGGGAAAUCCUUUCAAGAGGAACUCAAAGAUUGCCUUUUACAUCAUCCUGAGCACUUUGGGCAUAAAUCUCAACACCAAUGAGUUUGAAAUUAACCUGCAGCUCCAGACGACCAGCGACCAAAGCGACCUUUUCCCAGUGAAGGUGAGGAGCAAAGUGAUCAUUGAAAUCCCGUUGUCAGUGAGUGGUGAAGCUAAACCCAACCAGGUUUCCUUUGGAGGUGUUGUGAAAGGAGAGAGUGCAAUGAAGACAGAAGAAGAGAUUGGGAGUCUGAUUCAUUUCACUUUCAGGAUUAACAACUUGUGGACGUCUUUGCAUCCGUCUGUUCGUGCCUCUCUGCUCAUUCAUUGGCCGAAAUCAAAUAAAGAUGGAAAGUGGCUUCUCUACCUGGUGAAGGUCACGUCUCGUGGACCUGAGAAGGUCGUCUGCUCCCCUGAAUCUGAGAUCAACUCUCUGAAGCUCACUCAGUCUAAGGUGCCCCGGGCAAAACGAGAAACUGUCACAGAAGGAAGCAAAUCCGGGGCCAAGUUGUCCUUUCUCACAGGAAGAGAUAAAGUUUUGUCCUGUGAAACUCUGAAAACUGGGUGUGUGGUGCUGGAGUGCCCCCUGCAGGGGCUUGAUGGUACAGAGGUUGAGCUGAGCUCUCGCCUGUGGAACUCCACCUUCAUAGAGGAGUUUGCUUCUUUCCCGACUGUUCGUUUAGCUGUGAAGGCUUCUCUCAAGCUUCACAACCAAGCUCAGAACGUUAUCCUGGGAACUCCCAACACAAUUGUGAAGGUGGAUGUGUCCCCAGACAGCUCAGUAGCUCAGUAUGGUGGAGUUCCCUGGUGGAUCAUACUGGUAGCGGUUCUCGCCGGGAUCUCCAUUUUGGCUCUGAUGGUGUUUCUGUUGUGGAAGUGUGGUUUCUUCAAGAGAGCGAUUAAAGAUCAAUACAAUGCUGCGUAUCACAAGGCAGAGGUCCACGUUCAGCCCUCUGACAAAGACAAGCUCUCUGACGAGGCCUGAUUUAUUCUCUCUGAUUUGGUGUGGAUUCUUCAGGCGCUCCAAAAAGGACGACAGCGUCCCUCGCUACCACGCUGUGAGGAUAAAAAAAGAAACUCCUCAGCAAAAUGAUGGAGAGAUCAAACUGGACGCGUUUGAUAAGAAGCAGUGGAUGACGACGUGGAUUGAUAAUGAAAGUUACUCGUGAACGUUUACACGAGAAACAUGUUGUGCCACAAAUGCACUGAAUUUAAAUUUCUGCUUUGCAAAAAAGUGUUCUCUGUGUAAAUAUGUUUUCCUGGACUUGAUUGUGUCAAAACCUUGAAUUUAUACUCUGUAUAGAUGUUGUUGUUGUUGUUUUUUUUCAAGUGUUGUACAUAUUUAAAUACCUCUGCACAUUUUGUAUUUAUUUUUGAUAUGCAAGAACUAGUUCGACCAAAGUUCUGAGUUAGUUUCUGGAGUAGUUUUGUCUUUUUUAAACAUAAAACUAUGCAGGGAAGGUACAGCUUAAAUGCAACAUGCAUAUCAACCAGUAAGUCAUUCCUGGUUUUAAUACUUUCCCCUUUGAAAUGUCGUUUUGGUACAAUAUUUGGUCUUAAUGAUUUACAAACCCAUAAUUUAUGUUAUUUUUGUUGUGAUGUUCAUGUAGCACCCACUGGACUGUAGAGCCUCACUGAGGCAACUCUUUUUGUUCCAUGUAAGGAAUCCAAAGAGAACAUGCAGAAAUAAAAAUUUGCCGA